GCAAGCUAGACAAGCAGUCAUCAUCAUGAAUCACGUCGACAAUCAUUGUCAUAUGAAGAUACAUUUUAUCUACAGUACAAUUUAUCUGUGCUCAUUGGCCAUAAACAUUACACAACAAGUUGGAAAUCGCAAAUUCAACAAUGAGUGGUUUGGAAGGAAUCAGUAGCUAACUGCAAGCGUUGCAAAGGAAUCACUAUUUUGCUUCCCCUGCUAUUCGGUGGAGAGGAUAUGUGGUCCAAGUCUUGGUUUAAGGAUUUAAAACAUCUGUCUGAAAGGGUCUUUUUUCUAAGCUUAAAAGGAUAAACAUUCAUAUGUAACACUAUGGGCCAAAAAAGGAUGAAUACAUUGGCCAUGCUGUCAAUCCAGCAAGACUUCUGCCUCGUUCAAAACAACUAGAAACUCGGAACAGGGAAAUCUCAGACUUCAGUGAGUUCAAGACAACUGGGAACUCAGAAGAAAACGAGCGCUGACUGGGCAAAUACGUUUUCAACUGUCAUCCAACUCAAAGUUCCAAGUCGGGAACUCUGACCUCUUUCUAGAGCUCUGACUUGAAGAUCACUGACGUCAUGAUUCGACCAGUUGUCUUGAAAGCACCAUAAAUCCAGAGAAUGCCAGAUGACAAAAUUUGCCCACAAGAAGGACCUUCGUGCCACCUUCCAGUUCAAGUGAACACAGCACAACGUGUCUGGGGCAGAGGGAACGGACCGGGCCCGUAUUGAGGUUGAGUCUGUGAGUAACGAGGACCUGCCAAUCGUGGAGAUCCCCACCACCUUCAAUGUCAGCUCCCUCAGCAGCCAGACCAGCGGCUUCUUCUCACAGGACCUCCAGGACCCCCAUGUACCCACCGCUCCGCCCCAGGAGCCUCCUGCCCCCAUCCCAAAGAGCCAGGGCCUGCUCACCCCACCCAGUUACCUCCCUUCCAAUGCUCUUCAUCAAGGUCCGGCCCUUCAUGCACGGUAUGGAAGCCCCAGAGGACACAAUGACUCCUUCAUCUAUGCGUCAAGUUUUUCGUGGUCUGGACACAGACUCAGGAAAACCCCCUUGCCCUAUCUAUGAGUGCCUUAUAUGUUGUGAUGGGGCUAACCGUGGCUCUUCAUGGUUUAUGGCCUUGCUAGUGCCAGUGUUGCACUGUCCUCCAUUGUUUAGAUUCUCUCUCAUGGUUCAUUUCUGGUGCUUCGGAUGGAGACUAAGACCCUAUGCAACCAGCUCCUGGCACACUGGCUGCUGCUGGUGAUUGUUGCAUGUGGUCUACUGGCCCUGAGUCUAGUCCAAGGCAUUGGGCUUGGAGUCUGUCUAUCCCUCAAGUGCGUCUGAGUGGGAGGAGCCCUGUGCUGCAGAUCAACAGUACGGGUGUAUGGAAGACCGUGUGCUCCGCCAACUGGGAUCACACGCUGGGUUAUUCUGCCUGCAAACAGCUGGGAUACUCCAGCUACGUCAGUGCCAGAUCCCUGCCCCUCUCCUCGUCGAGCCGGCCUUCCAGGCUAACCUGGUUUCAGUCAACCUGAUCGCCAGCAGACUGUCAAGAUCCACAACGCCACCUUCCUCAGGUCUGGUUGAGCCUAUCUGCCUGCCGAACUAUGGGGAGAGAUUUGAGGAGGGGAAGAUGUGCUGGAUCUCUGGGUGGGGUGCCACAGUGGAUGGAGGUGCGAAAGUGUACCAGGGUGCCAUCUCCCCUUGGAUGGUCUGUGCAGGCUACCUAGAGGGGGGCAAAGACUCUUGCCAGGGGGAUAGUGGAGGCCCUCUGGCCUGUGAGGACUCGUCAGUGUGGAAGCUGCCGGGGGCCACUAGCUGGGGCUAUGGCUGUGCUGAGAGGAACAAUCCUGCCGUGUACACUCUCAUCCCCCACACUCUGACCUGGAUCCACCAGCAGAUGGAGGUGAAUUCUACUGUUGAUACUGUAUACUGGUGCACUCAUGAACUCUACUGGUGGCAGACAGUAAUGCAAAAGGGUUACAGCUGCUAUACGAAGGAGAGAGAUACAUGGUUUAAAUGGACAGUUCACCUCAAAAUCAUAGUUUGUCAGAUGUUUUCAGACAUCCAAAUGAAUUUAGCCCUGGAUUUACUAAGAGUUUUCACCAGUUGCAGAAUGAACUGUUCCUUUAAGAGUGAAGUAGUCUUGGAAGUUUGAGACAGCCAGUGAAAUCAAUCAAUGGAAAACCUUUUUUAGUUUAUUAGUCAGCGAUGAAUGAUUGAUAUAUAAAAAUCUGUUAGUCUAUUUAACAUCCAAAUGACAUACUCCCAUUCUAUGAUAUCUACCCCCAGAAAGAAGAGGCACUGAGCCCUUGAUCCCCAAAGGAUACAGUAGCUGACAUAGAGUACUUUACUCAGAGAC